GUAACAUCCGUAUUUUAUAAGAUAAGACAUGAUAAGAUAAGACUGUUAAAAAAUUAAUUAAACUGCGAACUCGUUAUGACAAGACUUUAUCCACGUAACGAAAAAGACGAUGGAUAAUCGUACUGACUGCAUAUCAUCCACUACAAUUCUGCAGGAUUAUCAGGCGAGAAUUUCAAAAAACACUGUUUGGGCCACGACAAUCAAAACGAGAUGACAAGAAAAAUCUGACCAAUUUAAGAAGACAUGAGAAACUGCGGAAAGUUGUCGGACCUGCCAGUUUGGUCUUUGGUACUGAUCGUCUUAAUUAGUCGACUGGAUGUCUCAGGCUCAAUAGAGUUGAGGAGAGUCUUGAAUGUCACAAGUCAUAGGUUAGUGAAAAGAGGAACUAACGGAUUCAGUGAAGAGGAAAAAGUGGCUAUGGUUAGGGCCCAUAACGAGGCAAGAGCCAAAGAAGGUGCAACCGAUAUGCUUGCUAUGCACUGGGAUGAUGCCAUAGGAUCCUCUGCCCAGGCACAUGCAGAUAGAUGUGACUUUACUCACAGCACCCGAAGUCAACGUUCGAAUAUUGGAGGCCAUAAGGUGGUUGGGGAAAAUCUUUACUAUUCAACAGCGAAGACAGUUCCUAAACACGCACUGAAUGCAUGGUACAACGAGAAAAAAGACUACGAUUUCGCAACUACGCAUUGCAGGCUUGUUUGCGGGCAUUAUACACAGAUUGUGUGGGCCAAAUCCUACGCUCUGGGAUGUGGCAAGAAGUUGUGCUCAACGCUAACUGGGGCUGGGGCCCCCCGCCGCAAUGCCAAUUACAUCGUAUGUCAGUAUGGACCGGCGGGCAAUGUUAUAGGUAAACCCAUGUACAACGUUGGGACGGCUUGCUCGGAGUGCCCACCUGAUAGACAUUGUAGAGAAUUACUUUGCGCUCUGGAAGGAUCUUCAAGUGCAUUGUACCAGCCUCAUCUAUUCGCCAUUUGCUUACUUUCUGUAUUUGUUUCGCUAUUAUAGUUUGUAUUUUUUAAAAAGUUUGGCUAAGGCUGUUUAAUUGCAUUCCUAUUUUAAGCCUGGCGUUGAGUACACAAUAAAUUGUUAUUACUACUA